AUGUCUGGUUCUUUGAGAGCUACCUCCGGCCUGAGACCUGCAGGGAUUGCAGCAUUCCGAGCUCCCUUGGCUCUUCGGCACACACGAUAUGUCUCAACGCGAUCCUCCCUAAGCGGAGAGAGUGUUGCCCCGUUGGUGACCGUUACACCCACCGAGGUCAAAAAGCCCGCUGUCUCUGCCCACUCAGUCAUCCCCACUGGCAUUCUGCUUCGGUCUCUUCUGGUGACUACGGUGUCCUCGCAUCCGCUUCUGUUAGGGUCCAGCUUGUCUAUUUUAUCCUUCCUUACAAAAUCCCGCAGCCUCUUAUUAGAUGUGGAACGAAAUCCUCUCAUUCACUGGGUUCUGAGAAAGACUUUCUACGACCAUUUCUGUGCAGGGGAAAGAGAAGCUGAGGUGCACAAAACUAUCGAGCAGAUCAAGAGUACAGGAGUGAAAGGGGUGAUUCUUACCUACACACGCGAAACAGUGCAAGACUCCCGCACAGAACAGCAGCGGUUCGCCAAUACAAAGGCCCUGGAAAAGGCUGCAUCAACAGAUACCUGUGAGCAUAUUGAAGCGUGGAGAGAAGAUGUUCUGCGUACAGUGGAUAUGCUUGGCCCCGGAGACUUCCUUGCCCCCAAACUCACUGGUGCUGGUCCCAAGGUGACCCAAGCCUUUGCUGCCGGUCAGCCCGUUCCCACACAGAUGGUCGAGGCACUGGACGAAGUGUGCCGUCGGGUGGUUGAAAAGAAAGCCCGUUUGCUCAUGGAUGCGGAGCAACAUGCUUUCCUUCAAGGGAUCCACAGUCUGACCCUCGACAUGAUGCGCAAGUACAACCGCGGUGGGGAGGCGGUCAUCUAUAACACCUUUCAAGCAUACCUCAAAGCCGCUCCAGAACUCAUUGCCUCGCACUUGAAGCUGGCCCACGAAGAGGGCUUUACUUUGGGAUUGAAACUGGUCCGCGGCGCUUACAUGAGCAGCGAUCCAAGACACUUGAUUCACGACACGAAAGAGAACACAGAUCAGGCCUACGAUACGAUUGUGCGGGGUAUCCUGCAACAGAACUACAAAGGGUUUGGCGAGAAAGGCCGCCCGUUCCCCGCCACGGACUUGUUCUUGGCCACGCAUAAUGUUGAGAGUGCGGUGGCAGCGCAUAACUUGCACCAGACCCGGGUUCGGGACAACCUCCCGACGUGCAAGGUUGAGUUUGGACAACUAAUGGGGAUGGCCGAUGGGGUCACCUAUGGACUGCUGCAGCUCAGAGGCCAGAACCGGGCUCCACCCGCUGUCUACAAGUGCUUGCAUUGGGGAAGUCUGAGUGAAUGUCUGAGUUUCCUGCUGCGGCGAGCGGCGGAGAAUCGUGAUGCGGUAUCGCGAACGAUGACCGAGCAUGAGGCGCUCAAGGCAGAGGUCAAGCGUCGGAUCAGGGCGGUGUUCAGUAGAUCAUGA